GAUCCCUACGUAAGGCUGUAACCACGUGUUUUAUCGGAUUUGUUUAUUUUUUUUAUUGAUAUUAAAAGAUGCCGAAUUAUUGUCCAUUGUGUGAAAGAAAAGGAAUUAAAAGCAAAAUAAAACUUUUCCAAAUUAACUUGGAAGAGAUUGUAUUAGCCUGCGAAGUAGAAGAAUGUACGUGGCCAUUUGGUUACGAAGACUUUAAAUUCUUUCCUCGAAAAGUUGGAGAAGUGUUUUCAUACUAUUGGAAUAAUUACGAUAUAAAAACGGAGAAUAAUUUGGUUCCAGCACCUCUAGAAUUAUCCUUAUAUUCUCCACCGGAAACUCCUGUUAUCGAUACUUUAAAGGAUUUAACAGAAAUACUCUCCCCUCAGAGUACAACUUCUACCGGUACUAUAAACAAUAAUAUCUAUUCUACUACACCAGUUCCUUAUGGCUUAGAUCAUGAUGAUUGCUGUUUAAAGUACGAUAAAUUGAAAAACAUUGAUAAUAAAUCUGAAAAUUGUAAUAUACAUAAACAAAGUCCUGAGAUAGACGAAACUAUUCAUGAAGAUGAUCAAAAACAAUCCUGUUAUAAAAAUACAGUCGAUGUAAUUGACGAAGAAGCAAAAAUUUCUAAUGUAAUAGAUAAUGCAUUUAAUUCAGAUAUUAUUUGCGAAUCUAAUAUAGAAAAUAUUAAUAAUAUUAACACUAAUACAGUGGAAACUAAAUCAAGUAAUUGUAAAAAUGCAGAAACAUUUUUAAUAGAAGAUAAAAAGGAAGACAACUAUAAUAUAAAUAGUCAUACUAAUAUUGAGUCUUCUAAUUCUGUAUUAGACUCAGAAACUCAGAUAAAUACAUUUACUGAGAAGAAUACUACACCUUCUAAAUUGCAAGUAACUAAUGUAGAAGUAAAUGGAUUACCUGUAACUAUCUCAUACAAAGUACCUACAUUACCGUUUAAUUCUAACACAGUACUUAAUACCAAUGCAAAUUCUAUUACACUACAAAAAGACACCACCUCUCAAUCAAUAAGCAUAAGUUCUCCUGUAACUUUAAUUAAUAAGACUUCUAAAUCGCUUGAUAAAAAUAAAAAAGUUAUACUUCAAAGUAAAAAACAUACAAAUAUUGUUGCCGAUCGAAUUCAAAAACAAAAUUCACCAGUUAAAACUUUAAAAUCUUCUGUAGACGUCGACAAUAAUAUGGAAACAAAACUUGCUCAAAAUAAUGUUGACUUUAACAUCGAUGAGAAUAAGAAAACAGAAAUUAUCAAAAAUAAUAUUGACGAGAGUGUUCAUGAAAAUAUGAAAGCAGAAUUUGCCAAAAAUGAUGACAAGAACGUUAAUAAUUUGGAUAUAGAAGAUGACUUGAAUAUAGACGGUAUAUUAAACGAAUUUCUAGAAGUUUUUACUUUUAUGGAUUAUUAG